UUGCCGUAGAAUAUGUCCAUAUGUGACGUCAUCGCGAAACUGAAAGUUGCUAGGAAGUAACUCACUGGCGUGAUUUGGCAAUCAUUUAAUAAUUAUUAAAUCAAUAGGAAUGGAGAUUUGUCCACAUUUACCGCUGGACUGCUUGAUCACUGUAUUUUCCCUUCUUCAGGAUGAAGAUUUAAUUAGUGUGUCAACAGUUUGUAAGGAGUGGUACCAUGCUGCAGAGACACAAUGGUUGUGGAAGAGACUGUGUUUAAAGAGAUGGAGCUUCUGCAAUGUUUCCCAGUUCCGCACAGACACCGGGACACCCUCAUGGAAAAGAUAUUAUCUGCGUCGAUCUCAUCUAGAGAUGAAAAUGAAAUCAGGCAGGUCAUGUGCAGACUACACCUGCAAAAGCCUGCGAGGCCAUAAAGGCAAGGUUGUUGGUUUUGGAUACUUGGUUGGAAAUGAUGACUGCUCAGACGUUUGGAAGUCUACGCCAGUUGUCUGUAGUGCAUCCACAGAUGGCACAGUCAAAGCAUGGGACAUCCAGAAGGGUGUUAAUUUAUGGACCAGUCCUGCUCAAAGUCCUAUGCAGGACAUCAUAGUCGACCCUGUUCGGUCUGUUGUUGUCACAUCCGACUGCACAGGAACAAUCAAAGCGUGGGAGGGAUUAACCGGACAGGAGCUGGCCUCAUUUGAGUCAGGACUCUCAAAUGCCAAACUGAUGUUAUUCAAUGACAAAAGCAGCUCUUUCGUUAUGGUGGGAUCUAUUCAAGGUCUAGUUGUCUUGACUUGUCCUGCACUGUCUGAGGUUUCAAGGCACGUGGUCUUCGACUCGUUUAGGGUAGACCUACUUCUUUCAUCUCCAGAUAAAAAGUGGAUAUUCACUGCCUCCAAAGAAAAUUUAGAUUUAUGCCCUAAGGUUUUCUACACUGAAACGGUGUGUUAUCCAAACAAGGAUGAGGAAAGUCUGUGUCAGAGUCUGUCAAUCAAUGGCUGUUGUGCUGCCGUAUUCCUUCCCUCCCAUCAUGCACGAAUCGCAGUAAUCCAUACAGACAGUCUCUUCAGCAACAAAACAGUCUCAGUCUUUGACCUGACCAUAAAGGAAUCCAAAUAUAAGAAGGAACCACAAGCUCAACAAGUUGCAUCUUUUCAGAUAGAACUAAGGGACCGUACCAACCUCACUCUUGAGGCAAAAGGGAGCAACACCCUUCUGGUUACAGAUGGAAACUUUCUAAAGGUUUACACGCUUACAGGGGAUCUUGUAGCUAGUUUUGAGGACCAUAUACAGCCGAUUUCUGCUCUUUGUGUGGACAGUUUUAGGGUGGUAACAGCAUCCCACGACCUGUCUCUCCGAGUACUGACCUGGAGAAAUGAUAAACAACAUGGGCUUAACCUUGAGAGCCAGUAUCAAUUACUUGGAGGCUCCCACACAAUGUCCAGAGGAUUCACAAACGUUGCCUGUGAUUAUUCAAGUAUAGUGGCCUCUGUGGAGUCAGUGGACGGAAAGGACGUUUUGAAGGCAUAUACAUUUGAUUUCUGAGCAUUUUUCUAACAUAACUCGAGUUGGUCAAGACAUGCUCUUAAAUAAAAUGAACCAAAGUAAAGGAAAUAUUAUUUAUAAGUCAAAACUCUGAUCGUGAGUACUUUUGGGUAAAAGGCAAAGGAUAUAAAACGAACUGCAAGUACAAUAUUCUAACUGUACAAUAAGAAAAAAAUAAACUCAUAAUUCUGGGAAAAUAUUGAUUCAUUGGAGAUGAUUGUGAUUCGAUUGUAUAUUAUAAUGUCUUACUUUUCUUUUUCCAAUUGUCUGUAUGUCAAAAAGUCCUUCAAAGGAAUAGUUCACCUUAUCGUGCAUAAAUUAAAUGCACAGUGCAUGUAAAGAAGCUUCAUGAUCCUUGUAGUUGGUGCUGAGGAGCAUUGUUGUGCGGGUUCGCUGGUGUAGUAAUUAAUUAAUGGUGCUGGGAGCUCUCGGGGCUGAAUAAAGAAGAAUAGAUAAAAACAACAUUUAUAUAUAACACAGGGUUUAAGUUAACUGUAACUAAUUAGAAAUUUACUAGUUAACAAAUGUUGUUUACCAAGAGGAAUAGAUUCCCUUGAUUGCCUGAUUCUCCUCACUCCAUUGUGAUGGAUCCUCGUACUUGCACGUCUGCCCACCACAUCCCAUAGACUAUUGCAUAUGGUAGGGAAUAACAUAAGGUAGCACCUCUUUAACUAUGUAUUUUGGCCUGGGAACUCUGGAGCCUGUCACUUUUAAAGGAACGAUUGUAAUUGCAAGGACAAACAGUAUUACUAAAGAUACACUUUUUGUGACAAUAAAUUUGGGAAGGCUCCCUUCCGUGCUUUCAUGAACGCGCCCAACCCCCACCCCCAAAUCCUUUUUGUCGUUUAAAGUUAUUUUCUGGAAGUGGUAGUUGAGAUGUAUACUUACCCAAACACAGGUGAAGAAAAUGAAUUGUUUCUUUUCUGUUUAUAUACACGACUGAUUGGAUUUGACCUUUUUAAAAUUAUUUCUUGGUUAUAACAAAUGUUAAAAAAUGAUUUUGCCGUGAAGAUGUUGCCUGAUAUUUGUCUCGUUUUCUCCUAAGAAGGUUGAAAGUUGAUGGUUUCUUUCCCUGCAAACAUUACAUGUCAAGCCAAGCAUGUGAAAAAGGUACUGUAGCUAUUUUCAGACUCCCUCAAGAUUUACCAGCUAAUCCACUUACUUCUAAAAAAGUUCAAAUGAAAUGGCCUCUGAACAUUAAGGACAGUAAACACCAUUUUUAUCUGGUUAUUUAUGAUUUAAAAAAGGUAGAAAGUGUAUUUUUCAAAAUAUAACUUUUAUUUAUAUACAAUAUUUUCAAAGCAGCUGUGCAGAAAAUCACACUGUAUUGCUGUAAAGGUCCAUAGUUUUAAUAGAAAAGUUCACUGAAAGACAUGAUUUUGUCUAUUGUCCUUUAGUUAGCAACCCAAAGGUGACGAUGGCAAAUAAUUAAAAACUCUAUAAGUUGAUAGCAGUAGAAGAACCCGUUAUGAAACAAUUUCUCAUGUACACCAUGGAUAAUGUUUAUACUUGUUAAGUCAUAAGAGCAUAAAAACAAAGUG